AAUGUGGUUAUAAAACUAGUAAAAUAAAAAAAGUUGUAUAAAAGAAAAAAGAAGGAAGAGAGACACGGAGCCUUAAAAGGGGCAGAGGAAGGUAAGUAAUAAUCCUUGUCAGAUGCUAUUAUUACUGCCUCUGCCACCCACCCCUUCACCUCUUUCCCUCUCUACUACUUCUUCUUCUACUACUAUACUCUUUUUACUAAUCUCUCUCUCUCUCUCUCCUUUGCAUUGUUUUUCUCACUUACUCACUCACUCGCCGCUUCUUCUUCUUCUUUCUUCUUCUUGACACUUUUUUGUUCACUUUUCUCUUAAGUUACAAUACUGCAUGUUUCUAUCUCAAGACUCUCAAACAAACCACUUCUCUCUCGAAAUGUCUGCUCCUUCUGGCGGUGGUGGAGGAGGAGGAGCUGGCCAUGGUGGUGCUGGUGGUGAAGUGGGUUCGUCUCCUUUUGCUCCUUCGUCACUACCGCCGCCUCGUCCUAAGUCUCCGCCGGAGUAUCCAGAUUUGUACGGGAAACGCAGAGAGGCGGCGAGAGUUCAGAUGCUCGAGAGAGAGAUUGGUUUUCUCGAGGGGGAAAUUAAAUUCGUAGAAGGAGUACAACCAGCUUCUAGAUGCUGCAAAGAGGUCUCUGAUUUUGUAGUUGCAAAUUCUGACCCAAUGAUCCCUGCACAACGAAAAAGUCGAAGAUCCUGCCGCUUCUGGAAGUGGCUCUGUGGCCCGUGUUUGAGACUGGUGAGUUUCUGCUGUUGCUGCCAAUCCAAGUGUUCGUGCCAUCUGAAGAAGCCCAAGUGCUGUAGCUGUACAUCUUGCAGCUGCAUUGGGUCCAAAUGCUGCGACGGAUCAUGCUGCUCAAGCAUUUGUUGUUGCCCAAGACCGAGCUGCCCAAGUUGUCCGAGCUGUUCAUGCUUCCGAGGUUGCUGUUGUUCUUGCCCGGACUUGUCUUGCUGCAUUCCCAAAUGUUUCCGCAGUUGCAGUUGCGCUCGACCGUCGUGUCUGAGUAAAAAGAACAGUUCAUGCUGCAGCUGCAACUGCAACUGCAAGAUCAGAUGGUCAUCUUGUUUUAGAUGUCCCAAGGUACGACUUUGUUCUUGUUGUUUUUGCAAUUGUAAAAAUCUAUGUUCUAAUCCCUGUUGUUUAGCUUUCUAAACAUUAUUAUUAUUAUUAUAGCUAUUUUCUCUUCCUUUUUUAUUUUUUUUUUCUUUUUGUUGGCAUCAUUAUAGUUAUUUUCUCUAUAAGUCAUAUUUUUUGGUUCAUUUC